AUGGAAGACCAAUAUUCAAAGUUUCUAGAACUUUUCAAAACUCUUCUCAUCAACAUUCCAUUUAUCGAAGCCAUUGUGCAAAUGCCAAAUUAUGCUAAGUUUCUCAAAACCCUACUCGCCAAUACAAAGAAGAUGGGUGAAGCAACAAAUAAGUUAUCCAAUCCUGGAAGUUUCAUACUCCCAUAUGAGAUUGGACAAUUAGUUGCAAGUGAUGCAUUAGCCAAUAUUGGUGCAAGAAUUAAUCUGAUGCUCUACUCGUUUUUUGCUAAGUUAGGAUUAGGUGAACCUUCACCUACCCGCAUGAGCUUUCUAUUAGCUCACAGAUCAGUUAAAUAUCCUCGUGGUAUUGUGGAAAAUAUGCUAGUAAAGAUAGGAAAAUAUUUGUAUCCCGCAGAUUUUGUUAUCUUAGAUAUGGAUGUGGAUUUAAAGAUUCCUAUAAUUCUUGGACGUCCAUUCCUAACUACUGCUAGAGCUCUCGUUGAUGUUUUCGAAGGCAAGUUAACUCUUGGAGUUAAUGAGGAACUAAUAGUUUUUAACAUUAAGAAGCAUUUAAAUAAUAGUCACGAGCUCAAAGAAGUAUCUGCUCUUAUGAUCAAUGUCAUACUUGAAAAAGAAAAUGAGAUGUCUUGGGAAGAUGAAAUUAUGGAUGAGUUAUGUUAA